AUGAUUAAAUAUUUAUAGAGAUCUCUCUUUAGAAUUAGUGAAGAGUAUGAAUUAUUCAAAUGUAAAUAAAUAUUCAAGAUACAAGUUGAAUAAUUUAAAAAGGCUCUGAAUAAAGGUAUUGAUAAUUGAUUAAUAUUGAAUAGCUAUCUAAUUGUAAAAAUAAAUUGAUUAGAAUACUUAAGCAGCAUAGAAUAUGUAAAAUCAUGCCUUCUUUACAUCGAAUGUACCUGCUAAAACUAUAUUGGCUGCAUUUCUAUAGAAAAGAGAAUAUUCAAAUGAAGAUAUUGUUGGAUAAACAUUUAUAUAAUUGGGACAUGCUUUAAAAGCAAGAGGAGAUAGAUCUUAUUUUGAUCAUAAAACUAUUGAAACAUCUAUGGGUUUUGAUGUACUUAUGAGAGAUUUAUUAAAAUUGAAUGAUUAUAGAGUAUUAGCAUAGGCAAUUCAUGGAUUAGCUUUAACAGGUGUAAACACUAAUCAUAGUAAUGAAAUAGUUGAUAAAGUAUUUGAUUAAUUAGAGAGUAAAGAAUUAAAUACAGAAGAAAGAUAAUUAAUUGAAGCAUUCUUAUUAGAUAUCUUUGAAUAAUAACCAGAAGUACCUGUUGAUAAUAUUGUUUAUUAAGUGGAGAAGCUUAUUGAAGAAACAUAAACAGAUAUCUAUAGAGUUUUGGAAGCAGUUGUUGAAAUCAGAAGAAUUUAUAUCAAAUUACUAGAAAUCUAAAAAUAAGAUUUUGUUCAUAUUAAUACUAAUAUUAAAAUGAUUGAAUUAGAAGAAGCUUUAGUUUCUGCAGGUUUAUUACAUCCUGCUGAAAUUGAAAAAGAAGAUAUUUCAUUAUCAUUAGAAACAGCACUUACUUACAUUACAGGAAAAGAUCCAAACUUCUUGGCAUUCAUCAUAUCUAUAUUGGAAUUGCAAUUUGUUCAUAAAGAGGAAACUAAACCUAUUGAACCAAAAUUAUCUGAUUUUGGAGAUUUAAUGGUAGCUGUCUCUGAAUUCAAAGGACAUGAAAUUGCUUAAAGAUUAAAAGAAGCUUAACCUAAAUUAGUGCAUUCAGAUAAAUAUAAGUUAGCCAAAGCUUUUGCUAAUGCUGGUCUUAAUACUGAGAGUAAAGAGUAUUUAACUUAAGUUACAGAGGAAGAUCUUUUAAAUUCUAUUGAUUCAUUACAUCUCCAUUUAUAACUCAAUAAAAUUGAUAGGUAAUUUCCAUUACCUCAUAAUUUAACUAUACUCUCUUUAGAUGAACUUAUUGCUUAUGCAACAUAUUUAGCACUCUAAAAUCAAAAUUAUGUUUCAUUCAUUGAAGAACUUAGGUUUAGAGUACAAAAUCUUAAUACAAUUAGAGAUUUAACACAUAAAUAAUAAGAAAGAAUUGAGGCAUUAGAAAAUCAUUCGGGUUAAAAAUUGAUUUAUGAAGAAAAAGACAUUUAUCAUAGUGAAUUAUACAAAGCAAUCAAAGAUACCUUACCUAAAUCAGUUUAAUUAAUUGAAAUACAUGAUCUCAGUGUUAAUAAUGAAAUCAACGGUUAUGCUAAAUUAAGAGUUGGUUUGUCACCCUAUAUGACAUUAUAUGAUUUCUUAGGGAAGGACAAAGAACAAUUCAAACAGAAAUUAUAAUUAGCAUAUAAUCUAGAGAAUUCUGAUAUCAUUUUGUUUAAUAAAAUUAAAGAUAGAUUGGAUAAUGUAUCUGUAAACAAUUCUAAUAAUUAGGAACUCAAUUCAUAAACAAUUUUCGAUGUUUAAUGGUAAUAUUUAAAGAAAUAAGCAUUUAACUAUUUAAAUAAGAAUGAUAACUUAAAUAAAUUAAAAUUAAAAUAAACUUUAUUAGAUUUAUAGGAAAGAUUAAGAAUUGUUAAUCAACAUAAUGUAUUCUAAGAUUUAAUAGAUGAAAUCAAGGUUUAACCUAUAAACUUCCCUAAAUGGUAUGGUAUGAUUCCCUCAUAAUCAAUAUAUAAUCCUAAAUCUUCUAUGGAGGGAUUCAAAGCUAGUUUAAUUACUAAUAAAAUUUAUGAUCCUACCUACUGUCCAGAUUAAGAUUUGUUUAAAAGAUUAGAAUUAAAUGGAUUUAAUUCUGAUUUGAUUCCAGUACCACAUUCUUAAAAACUAAGAAAAUAAAUUGUAGUUCAAACAUAUUCUCUUGCUUGGAAGAAACAUUCAAUUAAAAAAACAGAUCAAGAGAUAGAACAACUUAAUUAAUUAUAUAGUUUUUUAUAAAAAGAUUAAAAAGAUUAUCUUCCUGAUUCAAGUGAUUUCUUUAUUGUCAAUCUAUUAAAUUUAAAUGCUGAAUUAAAAACUAAACCUUUACCUGAAAUUACUGAUUUUGUAUUUAAUAUUAAAAUAUGGGAUAAAUUAAUUGAGGAAAGAUUAUCAUCUAAAAAAUCAAUAAAACCUGCAGGUAUCUUUUUAUAAAGAGAUCCAGAAAUGUUAUUACAUGAAUAAAUCAAAUAAUAUAAUCCAUUUUUGUCAUCCCAAUAUUUGAGAUAAAAAUUGGAAGUUAAUAAAACUUUAGAUGAUCUUAUUAAAAUGAGGAAAGAGUUACUUAUGAAGUUAUAAGAAGAUAUUAAGAAUAAUGAGAUUAGUAGAUUGUAAGCUAAAAAAAUAGUACAUAAAAUAAACUUUAUUGUUGCUGAUAAGAUAUAAGAAAUCAAAGGUGAAUUAAGAAGAAAACAUGCUUCACCUUAUUACAAAUAAAAAACUAAUUAUAUUGACAUAUUAUUCAAUGAAACUGAUGUUGAGAAAUUAGAAGUUUAAUAAACACCUGAUAGAUAUCUUGAUGUUGAUUUAUUGUAUGGUAUUGAUCAAUUUGUUACAAGAAAGAGAUCAAGAGCAGAAGAGAAAUUAAUCACUUAUUAUUUGAUGUUCAAAUAAAUGGAUGGAAAGUAAUUAAAUAAUAAAGAAUUAUAAUUCUUAGAUUCUUUAAAUCUUUAUGAACCAAAUGUUUAAGUAACUCAAUUACGCAUUAAAGAUUUAUAAUUUGAUGAUCUUAUUCAUUCAGAUUUCAAAUAGUUUGGAGAAUAUAGUGCAAGUGAUCUCUUCCUAUAAUUAAGUUAAUUGUUUGAUGAUCAAUUAUUCUUAGACAUUUUAAAGAACAAAUAUUACAAGAAACAGGGAAUACAAUAUCAUUUCAGAAGAAGAGAUAAUUAAUUAUACUUACAAUAACAAGAAAAAUUAAUUUGGAUCCAAGAAUCUAAAUUACAAGAUGAAGAAUUAAAAGAUCUUAAAGAAAUGUUAUAAAUAGGCAAAGUCUCAGAUUAACAUGUUGAAUCCAUGAAUCAAACUGAUUAUCCAUUAUAAAAUAUUUAUAGUUGGAUUCAUGCUAAAUCUUCUGAAAAGUUUGACUUAUCACUUUUAAAUUAAAAUAAUUAAGAAUUAUGGAAUAACAUAUUUAAAUGUGCAUAUGAAAAUACAACUUAAUAAUAAUUACAUGAUGUAGUCAAUCUAUUGGUUGAAAGAUAUUACAUUUUGUAAUUCCAUCCUGUUACUUAUCUAAGAUAAUUAUUGAGAAUGAUCUUAACUCAUCCAAAUUUAUCUACCCUUGACAAAAAAGUAUCUUUAUUAAACCUAUUUUAGAAUCUUUAAUGCUUAAAGAAAACUGUUGGUUUCAAUUCUGAAGAUAUAUUCGCCAUUACCAAAUCAGAACCAACUGCUACUGUUCCAUCCUAUCUAAGUGAAAUGUGUUAUCCUUAUGGUGAAAAAUUAAGUAUAAUUUGAU